AUGGCGAAGAGAGUCAAGUCAGCGGUACCAGCAACGCCGGCCAAGUCGAGUGGAACGCGCAACGAGACUUCGGUGCGCUCCGGAAGCUCAUUCUCGACCCCAACGACGGAUCGGAUGGAGUCGAUUGACGAGCGUUCGGUGAGCUACGACACGGCGAUUGAUUCCUCGGACGCCAAAGAAGAUGACGAAGAUGAUGACUGGGAUGUCCGGACAGCGAUGUCCGAGACUUCGGAAGCUGCGGUUGGGUCGACAGGUCGCAGUGGAGGAUCAAGGUCGAUUACCCGCGACCUCUCCGACACGUUCAAGGACAUGCCGGGCCCCGAGCCCGCCUACGACGCGGAUGACGGCGCCACCGAGGGCUUCAAACCCUCGGUGACGGUAGGAGGGGCAACCCCCAAGCCGGUUGGCACUCGUCCUCCCCUCAACGGGGAUACCCCGGCGGCCAACAAGGUCCUAGGCCGGUGCCUAGACCUGAUGAAGACCAAGAGCGAAUGGAUGCAGUUGUUCUCCCCGAAGCAAGUCCGCCAGACCAUCUGGAUGGACCUCGGAGGGGCGUUGGCUACGCCGAUCAACUCAACGAGCACUCGGCAAGUUGCGCAGAAUACUGUGGACCUCCUGCGAGCUAUGGGGUGCGAACCCCAGAUCCUCCCCACGGAGGCUGCGCUCGCGAGUUGGACGCCGACCGCCGCUGCCACGGCGUUAACCAAGUGGAGGAAGAAGCUGCGUAAUGCCUUUGGAGUGGCGGACGUCAGUUCGCGAGGGCCAACGAUGCUUCGUUCGACCUCGGAGGCAGUAGACCCGUUGACGGUCCCGCUACCAGCGACCCCUCGGAAGGGAGCCACUGAUGACGGUGUCUUUGCAACUAAGGGCGAAGCCUCGCCGUACAUGCAAGACUCGCACAUGGUAACACCACGAUCUACGGACCGUUGUGAACGUCUGGCUAGGGAGAACGAGGCUUCAUUCGCCACGCCUGGCACGCGCGGAGCGACCGGUCGUCGGUCCGGCCGACGUUACGACCUCCAAGAUGAUUCGUCGGACAGCGACGACGACCUCAGGUCCGACUACUACGAAGGGGACCUACCGAGCGAAUGGACACGUCAGGUGCGCGAGCUAAGCGCGACCGACAACCAGAGCUCAACCCCAAAGCUCGAGAUCGCCACGCAUUUGCCUCUCGCCAACAUCAAGCCGUUCUACGGAACGCGCGACAAGAGCGAGCACUCCAUGCAGUGGCUCCGAACGUUCAUCUAUGAGAUGAAGGGAACGCAUGCACCACCCAACGAGUGGUGUAUGCGGUUCGAACUUAAGCUCAGGGAUGGAGCCCUGCACUGGUGUCGCCAGCUCCCACGCAAGACAAGACGCACGUGGAAGUUGCUGAGCGAGGCGUUCAUCAAGUACUAUUGCUCGAAGUUUUCCCAGUCUGCGAAGGCUCGGUACUACUCGGCCAAGCGGGAAGACAAGGAACACGUUUGUGACUACCUCAACCGGCUCAACGGCUACGCUCGCAACGCCGGUGUGCAAUUUGAAAACGGUGGUCGUGACGCGAAGGACCACGUGGACCACUACUUGGUCACGUGUGACGACCGAAACUUAGAAGACCGUCUGUGCCACGUCCGGGUCAAGAGCAUCCAUGACCUCGAAGACAUGAUCAACGACAUCCUGCGUCACCGUGACCGCAAAUCGAACCGAGAAUCGUCGUUCCGCCACUCUCGGAGUCAAGAUGAUGGACGUCGACGCGAUGCGAGGUCGAACGAGGAUUCUCGUGGUGGCUACCGCCGCGAACGACGCUACCACGACGAAGACCGUCGCGAACGACGUCGCCGUGACAACCGCCGCCGCAACGACCGCAGUGAAGACGACCGUCGCCGUGACCGACGCGAUGGAUCGCCGUACCAGUCCCGAGUCACUUUGGUUGACGCGCUGGCCGAUGUGAUGGCGGAAUGGAACGUCGGAGGCUCGGUCGGUGCACGCAACGAGGCUCCAUACGCUCCCCGACGUGAUGCUGAGGCGAACGAGGAUUACUUCGAGGAUGAGCGCCAAUACUCGGACGACCAACGCUCGGACGAGGAUUCAGACGCUGAUUACGACUCGGAUGGGUCUACCGGACAUGUCGCUGCUGCUAACGAUGCUGAGCGCAGGGCCGCAGCCGAAGGAACGUUCGCUCGGUCUGAUAACCGACGCUUCAGGAACGGAGGAGGCCCGUCCAACCGUGAACGAGAUGGUCGACGCCAGUAUGGGCCGUGUGCCGCGUGCGGAAGCCCGUCCCACUCGGUGCACUUCUGCUACCGGCGGUGCAAACUGUGCAAACAGGUGCACGACGCUGGGAGGUGUGAAGCACUCCACGAGCUCACCAAGCUCCUGAAGUCCAAGGUCGACAAGAAGGAUCUGUCAUUAGAGCUGCAAAGCCUGGUGUAUGGAAGCCAUUUAAACUAG